GGAUGACUCUUGAGGCCGCUAUCCUGAAGGAAAAAGGACUUUCUGAUCAAGUCAUACAGACCAUGAUCAAAGCACGCAAACCUUCUACCUCUAAGAUCUACCACAGAACCUUGAACUGCUACUGGUCAUGGUGUACACAGCAAGACAUUGAAUUCCGAGACUGCAACAUCACAGCAAUUCUUGACUUCCUUCAGUCGGGUCUGUCCACGGAUCUCCAGCUAGGGUCCCUGAAAUCCCAGGUAUCAGCACUCUCCAUACUUUUUCAGCAGCUAGACCUACAAGAUGAUAUUCACACCUUCCUUCAAGUCUCUCGACUAGCUCCCCCUUUUCGAUGGCCAGUCCCCCCUUGGGACUUGAAUCUUGCCCUUAAUGCACUUUUGGAGGAACCCUUUGAGCCUCUGGACUCGGUGGACCUACAAGCACUUACGUGGAAGAAGUGUAUUUUUGGUAGCAAUCUCCUCCAUUGGACGCAUAUCUGAACUGAGAGCCUUAUUCUGUUCACUGCCUCUUCUCAUUUUUCAAGAAGACUGAGCUGUCCUCCGCACCACUCUCGGGUUUCUACCUAGGGUGGUCUCAUCAUUUCCCAUCAAUACAGAAAUUGUUCUUCCCUCAUUCUGCAACAAUCCACAUAAUGAGAAGGAGGCCAAGCUACAUCAUCUCGAUGUGGUUAAAGCAUUAAAGACCUACGUCACUCACACCAGACCUUUCAGGAAGACGGAUACCUUGUUUGUUAUCCCAGCAGGACCUUCGGAAGGCUCUGUCUGCUACCAAAACCACACUUGCCCAAUGGAUCAAAGAGGCAAUAAAGCAAUCUUUUUUUGGCUACGGGCCCACUCCACUCAUUGGGAGCCUCUUGGGCUUACCGUAACAUGGUGUCUGCUGAUCAGGUAUGAACAGCAGAGAGAUAAUCUAAACCAGCAAUCUUUCAAUAUGGAACAAGCCAAUUAUACUAUCCAGACACUAAAGGACACAAAAACAACGGUGGAUGCAAUGAAAGUAGGAGCCAAGGAAAUGAAAAAGGCUUACAAACAAGUCAAAAUUGAUCAGAUUGAAGAUUUACAAGAUCAGUUGGAGGAUAUGAUGGAGAAUGCCAAUGAAAUUCAGGAAGCACUUAGUCGAAGCUAUGGAACACCCGAAAUUGAUGAAGAUGACCUUGAGGCUGAGCUGGAUGCUCUAGGAGAUGAACUUUUGUUAGAUGAUGACACCUCAUAUUUGGAUGAAGCUGCCUCUGCCCCAGCUAUCCCAGAAGGGGUUCCCAAUGAUUCCAAAAAUAAGGAUGGAGUACUGGUUGAUGAAUUUGGUCUGCCACAAAUCCCUGCUACAUAAAUACAUCUUGCCAACUACAGCUGCAGAAUUUCCAUUGAAUAACACAUUUUAUUUAAUAUUGCAUUUUGUAUAGUUUCUCUUAACUAUUUAAAAAAAGACAAACGUUAGACAAUUCACUCUUUUUUGAUUUUUCUUUUGGAAAAAAAAAUCUAGUUGUAAGUUACUACACCACCAAAAUGUCUUACUCAUCUGCAAGGACAUGUAUGCAUGCAUGCAGUGGAUAAAACUUCAACCCUUGCCAUAAUUUUGCAAUGCCUUGUUUUGCAAACAUGUCAGACGUUCUGACUUGUAUGAUGUUCUGCCAAAUUUUCUUGGUAUACAUUGGUUUAGUGGGUUGGGGUGUUUACUGAAUGUCAAGUAGAUCUGAGGACCAUAAUCUUCAAAUUUAUUUAUAUACAGUAGAAUUGUGGAAUUUCGUUUACACAGAUAAAAUAUUACUACAGGCUUGUUACCUCCCACUUUUUUUUUGCAUAAUCAAAGAAUAUAUAAUUCUAAGUAACUGUCAAGUAUACACUAAUUAAAGAUUUUUAAUUAUAGUCGAAAGAAGGGUUUGUUUAUCCCUUUUCUCUGUUGACCCUUAAAACUGUGUGACCAGUGUCAGGUCCGAUCUAGGUCUUUUUAUCAGCUGCCUUGCGACUCGCAGUGGUCAGCGCUAUGUGUGCAUAGAAUGUAAGCAGGCAGAUAGUCUGCUUUUAAUAGCAAUGCAUUUUCAAAUAUCUUAAUGUGAUGUAUAUUGGAAAUUAUCUUAGAAUUACAUUUUCAUUCACUGUGCAAAAAUCUGUUUCUGGGUGGAGGACCUCUUAAAGAAGUGUCUUUAAAUUACUUAUUAUUACCCCAUGGUUGUGCUAGAGCUUGUGAAUAUUAUUGCUUUGUAACUUCUUUUGAUAAAAGCAAACCUUUUUAAAUAAUCCUGAAUAUUAGAACACAGAUUUUCUUUGGAAACGAUUGCUCAGUCUAAAAAUAUGAAACUGUUAAUAAAGAGAGAAAUAAUU